UCUGCGCUCGAGCCCUCGAGAGCCCUCGGAGUGCUUCCCUUGAUAUCCUCCCGAGAGCUAGCGUUGCUGCCAGCGUAGGGUUUUGGCUCGGGCCAAGCAAAAUCGAUUGCUUGAAGUGAGCAUUUUGUUGCGCCCGCGCCCAAUUGCGAUCGUCGCGUGUGCGACUGCCUUCCCAUUCUCGACCCCGGCCGCUUCCUCUCCUGCCCGGCCGAUACCUUUCGGGCAUCACUUGUUUGGACCGAUUCGGCUAUGUCCUGCCGGCCUAUUAUGAGGACUCUCUCGGUGCUGGAACGCCCCUGUCUGCCGUCUCCUUGUCUUUGAGAAUCCAAUCUGACGAAAUUCCUGAGUUUGCUAUCGCCGCGACCGACGAGGCGUAUGCUCGGUUCUUCAAUUAGAAUUUGUUCGUUUCUUCUACCUGUUUGUACCUAACCAGGAAGUGCUCGAGCCGUCCACGAUUUUACACUCUUUCUCGGUUAAGCAUCACCCUUUGUACAGUUGACAGGGUUCUUAUGGCCACCUUGGGAUCUGACAUGCUUGUGUCGUGCUCCGUCGGGAAUUUGCAAGUAGUUAGUUCCGGAGGCACGCUUCCGUACCGUAACAUGUGUUCAGCUGUGUCUUCGUGCUCUUCUUUAUCGAUGGUCUAUACUGUUGCUGCGAAAGGUUUAGGAUCAGGUUUAGUGAGAAACAUUAGUGGAUUAACAGGUCGAGCAAGGGCCUCUGGGAGGUUUAGAUAUGGGAACCUUCAAGAUGCGAAGUGGGGAAGUCUUCGCAACAGGAACCAUCGAUUUUUACCUAUCUCGGCGAAAGGCACGGACGAUUCAUUGAGCCCUUCGGAAAUGACUCUGGAAACUGCUCUCAAGUUGUUGGGAGUUGGAGAAGGAGCUUCUUUCGAUGAGAUUCUAGGCGCAAAGAAAUCUUUGGUUGACAGUUGUGGCGGUGAUAUGGAUCGUAUUUCACAGUUGGAGGCCGCGUAUGACACCUUGUUAAUGCAAAGCCUGUCACAGAGGAGACGAGGGAAAGUCCUGGACAACAGUAUUCGCUUCGCCGAUGUUAGAAAGGCAAAAGCGGCAGCUGGAGGUGGUGGUCCGAUUUGGCUGAAGGAGGCAUUGAAAAACUCUCCUGUUGCUGUUCAAACCCCUCCUGUUAAUGAUAUUGGUCUACAAACAGGUGUUUACAGUGCUCUGAUUCUUUUAACUUUCGCCACUGGUCUUCAACCCUCGACUCAGAUGGCCAUUCAAAGUGGAGCAGAUACUCCCGGUUUUAUUCUGGCCAUUGGAUUCGGUGCUUCACUGUAUUUUCUACGAAAACAGAACGUUAAGCUAGGUAAAGCAACAUUGAUUACAAUUGCAGGUCUAGUAGCAGGAGCUGUUUUUGGAGGCGGAGUAGAAUCAUGGCUUCGUGUGGACAUAGUACCGCUUCUUGGAGUGGGAUCCCCAGCGGUGGUCGUGAGUGAGUUUGUGCUCGUUUCCCUGUAUCUGACCUCACUGUACCUUCGAUGAUACAGCUCAAUCUGCAGCUCAAUUCUUCCCUGCAGCUAUCAUGAACGUUAGGAUCUACCGGUACCAUUGCUAAGAGCUUUGAUGUUUAUGCAGCCAAGUGUUGGAGUGUGUGCCACUAUUUGUUCUGUGUAUUUGGUUAUGUAAAUUAGUGUAUGUUGCAGCCGGUGUAUACUGACUGUUGUAAAAAUCUCUUCCAUAGAGGCUGAAAGUUGUACAUUAUUGUAACAUGGACCCUAUACACUGUAGGGUUUGGAAAGGAUCUACAUGAAAACUUUGCUUUCAUGGUGUGAAGUAGUUCAUUUGAGAUGUGUUUGAUCUGAUUGAAUAUUGAUAAUGAACACAUGUAUGAUGGCAUUGAGAAUCG